AUGGCUUCUGCGAACGAGAAAAUUUUGGAUGAAUCUUCCAUCAAAUCCUUACUUUUCAAGGAGCGAUAUUACCGCGAUACCGACCAAUGGCAGAAGCUUCGCGACUGCUACCACCCAGAUCCUUCGAAAACCCAUAUUGAAAUUACCUGGUUCCAAGGAAAUGUUGAUGGUUUUGUGAAUGGGUCCAGAAAUAUGACCACCGGUGGAACGGGAACAGUCCAUACAAUUUGUCCUAUUGAAGUCCAUCUGAAUGCAGACAAGGCUCUCACUGAAUCCACUGGAUCUAUCUCGAUUCGGUUUGACUAUCAAGGACAGCAGUAUGACUGCCUGUCGUUCACACGAUUUAUAUCUCGCCUGCAGAAAGUCGACGGUCAAUGGAAACUGUUAACAUUGGAGGCCAUAUAUGAUCGCGAUAGUAUUACAUCGGUCUUGCCCUCUGCGCACGUUGACUUCGGGAUUUCCCCGGGCUCGAGGGCAAGCUACAAGUGUAUCGGAUGGCUAUUGUCUCAGAAGGGUUUCAAGAUCAAGCAGGACUUGCCUGGCGUGGACGACCCGUCUUCAUGUGUCAAAUUGAUGGAUGGGAGUUUCCGUUGGUUAAACGAAUAG